GCGCAGCCCGACAAGAUGGCGGCGGGUGGGAGCGGCGGCCGCGCGUCGUGUCCGCCGGGGGUCGGCGCGGGCGCGGGGAGCCCGGGUCCCAGCGCCAACGCCGCCCCGGCCCUCGGCAACGCGGCCGCCGCCGCCGCCGCCGCCGCCCCGGGCCCCGCCGCCGCCGCCCCGGGCCCCCCGGCGGGCGCGGGUUCGGGCCCCGGGGCCGGGCCGGGCGCGCAGGCCGCGGCGGGCGGGGAGCGCGCGGACGAGCCGGGGCCCGGGGCGCUGCUGCGGGAGCCCGUGUACAACUGGCAGGCCACCAAGCCCACGGUGCAGGAGCGCUUCGCCUUCCUCUUCAACAACGAGGUGCUGUGCGACGUGCACUUCCUGGUGGGCAAGGGGCUCAGCUCGCAGCGCAUCCCCGCGCACAGGUUCGUGCUGGCCGUGGGCAGCGCCGUCUUCGACGCCAUGUUCAACGGGGGCAUGGCCACCACGUCCACAGAGAUUGAGCUGCCCGACGUGGAGCCCGCCGCCUUCCUGGCGCUGCUCAAGUUCCUCUACUCCGAUGAGGUCCAGAUCGGGCCCGAGACGGUCAUGACCACGCUGUACACGGCCAAGAAGUACGCGGUGCCGGCGCUGGAGGCGCACUGCGUGGAGUUCCUCAAGAAGAACCUGCGCGCGGACAACGCCUUCAUGCUGCUCACGCAGGCGCGCCUCUUUGACGAGCCCCAGCUGGCCAGCCUGUGUCUGGAAAACAUCGACAAGAACACGGCCGACGCCAUCACCGCCGAGGGCUUCACCGACAUUGACCUGGACACGCUCGUGGCCGUCCUGGAGCGGGACACGCUGGGCAUCCGGGAGGUUCGGCUCUUCAAUGCCGUGGUCCGCUGGGCCGAGGCGGAGUGUCAGCGGCAGCAGCUGCAGGUCACGCCCGAGCACAAGCGGAAGGUGCUGGGCAAGGCGCUGGCGCUGAUCCGCUUCCCGCUGAUGACCAUCGAGGAGUUUGCCGCCGGCCCCGCGCAGUCAGGCAUCCUUGUGGACCGGGAGGUGGUCAGCCUCUUCCUGCACUUCACUGUCAACCCCAAGCCGCGCGUGGACUUCAUCGACCGGCCACGCUGCUGUCUUCGCGGGAAGGAAUGCUGCAUCAACCGCUUCCAGCAGGUGGAGAGCCGCUGGGGCUACAGCGGGACGAGCGACCGCAUCAGAUUCUCGGUCAACAAGCGCAUCUUCGUAGUGGGCUUCGGGCUCUACGGCUCCAUCCACGGCCCCACGGAUUACCAGGUGAACAUCCAGAUCAUCCACACCGACAGCAACACGGUGCUGGGCCAAAACGACACGGGCUUCAGCUGCGACGGCUCCGCCAGCACCUUCCGGGUCAUGUUCAAGGAGCCGGUGGAAGUACUGCCCAAUGUCAACUACACAGCCUGCGCCACACUCAAGGGUCCGGACUCGCACUACGGCACCAAAGGUCUGCGCAAGGUGACCCACGAGUCGCCCACGACCGGCGCCAAGACGUGCUUCACCUUCUGCUACGCGGCGGGGAACAACAACGGCACGUCGGUGGAGGACGGUCAGGUUCCCGAGGUCAUCUUCUACACCUAGGCCGCCCUGCAGGACCGCGACAGGGCGGGCCCGACCCAAAGGCUGCCCGGCAGCCGCUAUGCCCCAGCUGUGCCUGGCAGCGCGCCCUUCCCAUCUCCCAAGACGGCGACCCUGCCUGGCUGUCACGGAUAAGCUGAGGCCCAGUUCCCGGGGCACACACUGGGAUCCCCGUGGCCAGGGAAGGCCCUGGCUGCCCAGCGCCCCCGGGUCGGGCCGCUGGGGUGAGGGUCGGCCUCUGACGGUCUGGCAUGCUGCAGGCUGCCCCCUGUACAUAGGUGUCCCCUGCCCUGGGAGCUCCCCAAGAGGUGCUCCUGACCACACCCCGGCCCCAUCCUGGAACCAGAGCCCCCCAGCCAUGGAAGGCGAGCCCCCCUACACCUACCCCACAGGAUUUUUUUUUAAAAUAAAGGCAAGAAACUUA